GAGUGAUACAGUGGUGGUGAUAGCAACGUGUUCUAAGGAAUAUGUUCUGAGCUUAAAGGAUUGGUCACGUUUACUCAUAUAUGCAGGUUCUUGAGAUCUUGUUGAAAAUAUUUGACCAGAAUGGGUGAUCUCAAUUUUAGAAUAACAAUUGUGCCAAAAGAGCCCUUAUUUCAUGAUAAAAUAGCUCUAGAAACAUUGCUCAGUAAUGUUAAACAAAGAAUAAUGAGAUGUGCUAGUACAACAGUUGUAAAUUUAGCUCUUGGCCAGGUUAAAAAAUCAGAUAAUGAUGAUUAUCCUGAAAUAGAAGAAUUAGUUAUUCAAGUGCAAGUAAGGAAUGUUUUUUUCAAUAAUAAAAUAGCUGCAUAUAAAGCAUUUCUUCAAGAUUGGAAACAACAAUACGAUCCAGUGCUAUGCACAAUACAAACAAUGUGUGCCUAUAUUGUUUUAUAUGAAAAUGAUAGUUUCCAAAAUUCAAGAAGAAAAUCAUCCAGCUGCAACAUUGGUUAUGACAGUAUAUCGUUUGGGGUUUUGCCCCACAAUGGUCAGUUUCAUAAAUUUGCAGUACUGUUUUCUCAUAGUUCUGAUUUCAUCAAUUUUUUCCAUGAUACUCGUGAUGUUAGUAUUCGGCAUAAUAAUCAGGACAUGGUAUUUAAAUAUGACAAUAUAAGAGCAGUUUUUGUAGAUCUUGAUUCACAGACAAAUAAGAUAUAUUUUGAUUUAUUUAAUCCACCUAUGGUUUUUAGAGUAGAUAGAAGAACUAAUCGAGCUACUGGGGAAACUUAUACUCUAAAAUAUCGCGCUAUCACUGUACAGGCAAAUCGUUAUACUGUUGACAGAGAUAUUUUGGGCAGAGCUAAUAUAUUGUGCUUGUCUUUUAAAAAUCAAUCCAUUGUUGAAGAAAUUAUUUCUUGCAUUCAUCACCAUUGUAGUGAAAAGCCUAUAUAUUAUUCUACUUUUUUGGAAGUUGAUAAAGAGAAACCUAGCUUUCCAAAUGUUAUCUUAGAAGAUUUUAACUGUCAUUAUUUGUUAACUGCUCUAUUUAAAAGAAAUUUUGUGGUAAUAUCACAAGCAUCUAAGGUGUUGGAUGACAUGUUGAAUGUUUCAAAGUUAUGUAAUGAAAAUGCAGAGAGCUUAGGGAAAGCUUUAGCUGUUGUUCUAGCAGCUCUCGACUCGGGCAAAAUCAUAAAUUUUUGGCAUGUGCUUGUUAAUCAAUAUCAGUACUAUUUAUCAAAUAAAGAUGAAAUUGCUUUUAGCCAUUAUUUAAUUCCCGAAAAAUGUCGAAUAAUUCGCAGAGUAACUCUUACUCCAACUAGAGUACUGUUGUGGCCCCCUGAAGUAAUGCUGAGCAAUCGAAUUUUACGGAAUUUUGAUUCGGAGUACGCAUUAAGAGUUUCUUUUCGUGACGACAACAUGUCAAGGUUGAGUUUUAAUGCCGCAUAUGCUGAUGAUGAUAUUUUUCAAGCUGCAAUUGUAAAUCACAUGAGUAUUGGUAUAAAUGUUGGCUCUAGAAAGUUUGAAUUUCUUGCUUGGUCAAACUCUCAGAUACGAGAUCAUGGUGUUUGGAUGUAUGCCAAAGACAAAAGGGGAAAUACUGCCAGCGAUAUUAGAACAUGGAUGGGUGAUUUCUCUCACAUUCACACAGUUCCAAAGUACAUGGCUAGAAUGGGUCAAUGUUUUUCACAAACAGAAGAUGCACUAGGCGUUCCUUUAGAUCCGCAACACAUAAAAACAGAAGAUGAUAUAGAAGGUGGCUAUGAUUUUAUGAAUCGUAAACCAUACUGUUUUUCUGAUGGUAUUGGUAAAAUAUCUUCUUCAUUAGCAAAUCAAGUACAUAAUGCUCUUGGUCAUGAUAAGUUGUGCAGUGCAUUUCAAAUUCGAUAUGGUGGCUACAAAGGCAUGCUGGUAAUUGACCCAACAUUACGAGAUGUGGACAUAGUUUUUCGCAAAAGCAUGAAAAAGUUUGAUGCACCUAAAACAAUACGAUUGGAAAUUGCUCGAACGAGUGCUCCAGGACGUCUACAGUUAAACAGACCUUUAAUUACUCUUCUCAACGCUCAAGGGGUGCGUCACAGAACCUUUCUGAAGUUACAAGAUGAAAUGCUUAAAAGGUUAACUGACAUGCUAUUUGAUGAAAACAAAGCAUCAGAAUUUUUAGAAUCUGCAACACCAUCUGACCUAUUCAGCUAUAAAGAACUAUCACAGUCUGGAAUCUUCUUGACAGCAGAACCUUUUUUUAGGUCACUUUUGCUUGCUCUUCAUCGACAUCACAUAGAAAACAUCAAGACAAGGGCAAAUAUUGCUGUGGAUCCAGAUUAUGGUAGGAAUAUGUUGGGUGUAUUGGAUGAAACUGGGAGACUGAAGUAUGGAGAAGUUUUUAUUAAAUAUACCAGAGACAUUUCGGAUGGUCAAACGAACAGGGACACUAAAGUACUGAAAGGGACAGUUUUAGUAACGAAGAAUCCUUGCCUUCAUCCUGGUGAUGUUAGGAAAUUUAAAGCAGUCGAUGUUCCUCAGCUACACCAUAUUGUUGAUUGUAUUGUGUUCCCUCAGUGUGGUUCUAGACCUCAUCCAAAUGAAAUGGCAGGAUCAGAUCUGGAUGGCGAUGAAUAUGCUGUUAUUUGGCAACCGGAUCUAAUAUUCCAUAAGACAAAUGAUGCUCCUGGAGAUUUUCCAUCUGUGGAGGCUGAGCUGGUUCAUGACGUGAAUGUGGGCCAUAUGAUUUCAUUUUUAGUGAAAUAUAUAAAGAAUGACCAAGUUGGUAUUUUAGCUAAUGCACACUUAGCUCAUGCUGAUAACUUGGGCAUUCAUGCAUCUAUUCCUUUGACAAUUGCAAAAAAAUUUUCGGUUGCUGUUGAUUUUGCAAAAAAUGGUAAAAGUGAAAAUUUAGACCGCUCUGAACGACCUACAACAUACCCAGAUUUCAUGGAAAAGAAUCACAGAGAAGUUUAUAAAUCUCAAAAUGCCCUGGGGAAAAUGUAUCGAGUAUGUAUUGAUUUUGAGUCAGAAAAUCAAAGUGCUAGUACAUCUUACAAAGAUAUUCAGGUGGAUCCAGAUUUGAUAUAUCCUGGAUGGCAGAGGUAUGAAGAAAAUGCAAUAAUGAGUAGGAAUAAGUAUAACAGCUUAUUGAGAACUGUAUUGAGAAACUAUGGUAUAUUACAUGAGGCAGAGGUAUUUUCUGGAGCUUUUACAAAUCUCCAUUGUCGUUUCCAGGAAAGAAAGGAUCGUGCUGAGAUUGAGAAAGUUAUCAUUAAAUGUAUGAAAAAGUUAUCAAAAUGCAUGCAUGAAGAAUUUUUGGAAGAGUUUGAGAACUCUGCUAAUACUGCAAAAACCCAUGAGUUGAUGUUUCAGAAAGCUUCUGCAUGGUAUAUAGUGACAUACUCUGAUAAAGAUGCAAAGUUUUUAAGUUUUCCAUGGAUUUUGUCAAAAUAUUUAGCAAAUAUCAAAAUUACAAAAACUCUGGGGAAUGUCCCAGCAUUUGCCCCUGCUGUUUUAAACAUGGAUGAACAAAUCAAUUUGUGUGUGGCAGAAAAUAAAUUGCCUGUCCUCCAAACGGUAGUGGCAUGGAAUGCCUAUGCUUUUUACUGCGACCAAAACUUAGUGAGGAAGGCAUUACAGGUAAUGAUCAUAUGGGCACAAGAUGAGCAAAUCAUUUCAAAACCUGGGUAUGAGAUUCGUGGUACUCUGUAUUAUGAUGUGUUUGUAAAACUUUUCUUGUUUGUUGCUGAGAAAGCUGGAUAUAUUAGUAAGAGUAUACUAACUACUGAAACUCCAAAGAGAUUAUGUUACUCAGCAGCUUCACUUUGUCUGGAAUUUUUAAGAUUUUGUAUGACCCUGAGAUUUUAUAAUAAGAAUGAAAUAGGUGAAGUAAUUCCCUUUCCUGUCUACAAAUACAGUCAAUUGGCUAAGAAGGCCGUAGUUUCCUACCAUAUGUUUGCACUUUCAGGUAAAUUUAUGAAUUUGUAUUUUGAAAAGAUAUCUGAAAAAGAGAUUACUGAUAUGAAACCAAUUAAUAUAGACAGUAAAAUAUUUCCUCGCAUACCAAUCGACAAUGUUUCCCUCCAAAAUGCAGAGAGAGCACUGAUAAAAUAUUCAAGAGUGGAGGAUGUAACAUUACGAGAAAUAACACAGACUAAGAAAGUCUGUGUUAAAGCAUGGGGCUCUGAACAAUCUUUGAAGGCUUUAAAAAGCAUUCUAAGGAAGAAACAUGUAUUUUUGAGGGCACUUUUUACUACUGGAGUAAUGCCAGAAUAUUGAGUUUUUAUACAUUGAAAUUUUAAAUCUCAUUGAUUUUUAAAAUAUAUAUUUCGCUGAUCUUUUAUACUGAAUUUUUAUACUGAUGUUAACAAAGAAUGUUUUGUUAAUAUGUAUUUGUUAUUCAUUCAUAAGCAAUAAAUUGUUUUCUUUUCCA